AUGACUGAGAAACACGAAGUUGAAGAAGAGAAGAUGAUAGAUCUGGACCACGUCUUGGUAAACGAAUUGGGCCAGUUCGGGAGAUACCAGCUUUUGUUUAUGUUCCUGGUCGCUUUGCCCAUGAUGAGCUCGGCUUUUUUUAGCGAUUACAUCUUUAUCGCGUCCGCAUUAGAGCACAGGUGUCUCGUACCAGAAUGCGGGGAGCUAAAUAAGAGCGUUCCGUUCAAACCGGAGUGGAUCACUAACGCAAUCCCCCUGGACCCGGCAACCUCCAAGUCGAAAACCUGUGAGAGGUAUGCGUCUGCGCAUUCCGGCGGAAAUGGCACGAUGGACAAUUGCCCGGCGGAGCUGUUCGACCUAUCCAACAUCGUUGAGUGUAAUGGGUUCGUGUACGAGAGAAACAACUCUGUGGUUUAUGACUUCGAUCUGGGAUGUCAAGAAUGGCUCCGGAGUCUCGCAGGAACCCUCUCAAGCCUGGGCACAUUAUUAGUCCUACCCUUUAUUGGCUACAUUUCUGACCACUUCGGGCGUCGCGUCGCUCUGAUAAUCAGCAUCUUCAACACGGCAGCGAUAGGAGUCGUUAAGGCCUUCUCAACCGACUACGUCAUGUUUCUGGUGUUACAACUUUUAGAAACCACUUUGGGUGGUGGGCUCUUUAGCUCCGGUUAUAUUUUUGCUGCAGAAUUAGUCGGUCCAAAAUAUCGAGUAUUUGCAACAGCCACAUCAUCCUCUACUUUUGCUACUGGUCAAGUGAUCCUUGGAGCAGUGGCGUGGGCAGUCCAGCCUUGGAGACUCUUAGUCCUGACUCUUUACAUUCCCAUCUUUCUACUUUUGUCCUACUACUGGAUCCUACCGGAAAGUAUAAGAUGGCUCUUAUCGAAGAGGCGCUAUUCAGAAGCAAAGCGUGUUUUAGAAAACGUAGCUCGAACUAAUGGGAAAAAAAUUAGUGAGAAAUCCGUGCACGCUUUGAUGAAUCCUUCAGCUGACAACUCUGUUAAAAAAGAAGGGCGAAAUCUGAUAAGGUCAAUAUUUCGAUCUCAAGUUCUUUUGCGGCGAGUGUGUACUACUCCAAUCUGGUGGAUGACGACAACUUUCGUCUAUUAUGGUCUCUCCAUCAACUCGACCAGUCUUUCGAGCACAAUGUACUUAAACUACAUCCUUACGGUUGCUAUAGAGAUCCCUGGCUUUUACACCGCUGUUCUUACUCUAGACAGAUUUGGAAGAAAGCCAACCCUCUGUAUUGGGUUCUUCUUCAGCGCCGUUUGCAAUAUAGCUUUCGUUUUUAUAGAUACAGAAUUGUCCGCUCUGCGUUUGUGUAUCUACUUGGCAGGCAAAUUCGGCAUUUCCCUAGUGUUUACGUCACUGUACCUUUACACAUCCGAAUUGUAUCCCACGGAAUUUAGGCACAGUCUUCUCGGCUUCUCUUCUAUGAUCGGCAGAAUCGGUUCCGUAUGCGCGCCGUUAACGCCAAUGUUGGUGGUCUAUUGGCACGGCAUACCGAACACGAUGUUUGCAAUAUUGGGACUUAUAUCUGGUCUUUUAGUGUUGACCCAACCCGAAACCCUCGGCACCAAACUUCCUGAUACCCUGGAGGAAGCAGAGAAUAUUGGCACAACGUAG